UUUUUUUUUUUUUUGCGCAUCGCCUUCACACGGCGUUAAUUAAUUUCUGCUCACUCUUGUUUAUUUUUAAAAAAGAAGAAAAGCUUCCAACUUUUUCCGGUACCUUUCACAUUUUUACACCUCACAGCUGAACAUUGUGUGUGUUUUCCUCCCGCCAACUGCGGCACAUUCAGAGUUGGCAACAGCUGCGAGACAAACAUUUUUCUGCCUCUUCUUUUGAUUUGUUUCCACGCUGGAUAUUUUUGUUUCCUCGAGCUUCUCCGCGAGGAUUUGGACAUUUUUGGAGAGACCUGCGCCGGGAUCCCGUGAAGAGCGCUGAUAAAUGAGAGAUCAGCGACGGAGAGUUCGAGUCCGCGGCAGCCGUCAAACCCGGGGAGAAGACAGAUCGGAGUCAGGAUCCGUGCGGGGAACCAUGGACCGUCGAUUUUGACACAGAACUUUUAGGAAGAAGGAAAAAAAAUAAAAAAAUAAAAUAGAAAAUUUUUUUUUUUUUUUUUGAAAAAUUGAAGAUUAAAAACAUUUUUUUAUUUUUGGGCAUUUUUCUACAAACACACUCUCUCUCUUUCUCUCUCGCGCGCGCGUUGUCACUUUGGACCGUGCGUCAAAAGCCGAGCGGCCAAGGAGAAGUUGGAUGAAGAUUCACGGCAUGAAAACAGCGGACAAACAAUAAAAGAAUCCGGGAGAAUUCCAGAGAAAAGGACAACAAAUCCACGCGUGUUCUCCGUGGACCCGCGGCUUCUCUCCCUCCAGUCUGCGGCACAUGUUCUAGCCCGGUUCGUAUAUGAGUUUUUCAAUUUGUGUGGCUCAGUGCACAGACUCUUUGGCGGCGACUAUGGACGAUCAAGCCCGGAUCAUGCAGUCCAUCGGCGGGGUCAGUCUGGCCGGCCACUCCGUACAGGGGGGCAUGGCUCUGCCGCCCCCCCACGGACACGACGGGACAGACGGGGACGGAAGGAAGCAGGACAUCGGGGACAUUCUCCAUCAAAUCAUGACCAUAACUGAUCAGAGUCUGGACGAGGCGCAAGCAAAGAAGCACGGACUGAACUGUCACAGAAUGAAGCCGGCUCUCUUCAGCGUUCUCUGUGAAAUCAAGGAGAAAACAGGUCUCAGCAUCCGUGGGGCCCAGGAGGAGGACCCCCCAGACCCACAGCUAAUGCGACUGGACAACAUGCUCCUGAGGGAGAAGUACGAGCAGGCGUGUAAUGAAUUCACCACUCACGUGAUGAACCUGCUGAGGGAACAGUCCCGUACGCGGCCCAUCUCCCCCAAAGAGAUCGAGCGCAUGGUGGGGAUCAUCCACCGUAAGUUCAGCUCCAUCCAGAUGCAGCUGAAGCAGAGCACCUGUGAGGCCGUCAUGAUCCUGCGCUCCAGGUUCCUCGACGCCAGGAGGAAACGUAGAAACUUCAGCAAACAGGCAACAGAAAUCCUCAACGAGUAUUUCUACUCGCACCUCAGCAACCCGUACCCCAGCGAGGAGGCUAAAGAGGAGCUGGCUAAGAAGUGCAGCAUCACAGUGUCCCAGGGGGUGGGAAGCACCAUCACAGUAUCACAGGUAUGUCAUCCUUCUCCUGAUGUUUUCAUUCUGUUUGAAUGUACACUCUGUGUGACAGAGCCUCAUGUUGACCCUCCUCUGGCCCACACUGCCACACAGUCAUGUGAAGAAGCCCCCCCCCACACAGACUCUGACUGUUGGACUAGAUUGACCUGGUGCAGAUGUGGUCAGCUGAUCAAAGUGGUCCCUUUGUCCCCCCCCCCAGGAUUCCAGAUGAAAGACGAGGAUUUUCAGCUGGACUCAGCCGAGAGCAAAAACACUCUUUUAAGCAACAUGUUUACUGGUUCUCCAGGUUCUUUUAACUCUGGGGACAUGUUUCUCAGCAUGCAGAGUCUCACUGGGGAUUCUUACCAGGGGGCACAAGUCGGAGCCAAUGUACAGUCACAGGUAGGACCACCAGACCGGGACCAGGACCGGGACCAGGACCGGGUCCUGACCACCGUCAGUUAGAGUCUGUCACCGUCAGGUCGACUGUAACAACACCGGGACCGUGG